CCAUGUGCACGGGGCAGACGGAGAUCAAGGAGACCUUCAAGUACAUCAACACGGUGGUCUCCUGCCUCGUCUUCGUGCUGGGCAUCAUCGGCAACUCCACGCUGCUGCGCAUCAUCUACAAGAACAAGUGCAUGCGGAACGGGCCCAACAUCCUCAUCGCCAGCCUGGCCCUCGGCGACCUGCUCCACAUCAUCAUCGACAUCCCCAUCAACGUCUACAAGCUGCUUGCAGAAGACUGGCCCUUUGGGGUUGAAAUGUGCAAAUUAGUACCCUUCAUUCAAAAGGCAUCAGUGGGCAUCACAGUGUUGAGUUUGUGUGCCCUCAGUAUAGAUCGGUACCGGGCGGUUGCUUCUUGGAGUCGCAUCAAGGGAAUAGGAGUGCCCAAGUGGACUGCAGUUGAAAUUGUGCUCAUCUGGGUURUAUCAGUGAUACUGGCUGUUCCAGAAGCUAUAGCAUUUGACAUGAUUACAAUGGAGUACAGAGGGAAGGAUCUGAGAAUUUGCCUGCUUCACCCCACACAAAAAACAUCCUUUAUGAUGUUUUACAAGCAAGCUAAGGACUGGUGGCUGUUCAGCUUUUAUUUCUGUCUGCCGUUGGCCAUCACAGCAUUUUUUUAUACUCUGAUGACCUGUGAGAUGUUGAGAAAGAAAAGUGGGAUGCAGAUAGCUUUGAAUGACCACUUGAAACAGAGACGUGAGGUGGCCAAAACUGUGUUCUGUCUGGUGCUUGUCUUUGCCUUGUGUUGGCUGCCACUUCAUUUAAGCAGAAUAUUGAAGCUCACUAUUUAUGAUCAGAAAGACCCAAAUAGAUGUGAACUCUUAAGCUUUUUUCUUGUAAUGGACUACAUUGGUAUUAACAUGGCUUCACUGAAUUCCUGCAUCAACCCAAUAGCUCUGUAUUUGGUGAGCAAAAGAUUCCAAAACUGCUUUAAGUCAUGUUUGUGUUGCUGGUGCCAAUCCAAAGAUCUGUUGUCCCUGGAGGAAAGGCAGUCCUGUUUAAAGUUCAAAGCCAACGAUCAUGGAUAUGACAAUUUCCGCUCCAGUAACAAGUACAGCUCUUCCUAGGAGAGGCCGAAGAGGUGUAUUCUCUAAAGUGAAUGCUGGUGCCUUUCUGAGCAAGAGUGGCAAGUACUUGCGAUGAGAGAGAGAUAGAAGAACCUUUAGAAAAAGCGAGUUUCGCGUUUGCACGAAAAGAAGGAAAUCGUGAGAAAUAAUUGCACAAAAUCUGCGUAACUUUCAAAAUCGCGGACAUUUGUGAAAUGGUCCUGGACAGAACGCGAAGAAAAGCAUCGAAAUAACAAGUCAUUGUUAGCACUUGAAUACUUCUGAAUCAGCACUUCCAAAAGAUCCCCACUUCCUCUAUAUUAAACAAUCAUUUGUAUUCACUAUAACAGUUGUAGGAACUGGAGUCACUGUAAUUACCAAGUAGCAUAAUAUAACUUUAAUUGGAUCAAUGCCAGUAUUAUAUAUAACUCCACACAUUAUCU